ACAACUCACUCACUGCUGCUACUGCCAAGCUGCUUCGUAUCAUUCUCACAAAUCAGAGAAAAAUGGCUGUUGGUACAUAAUUGUUGGAAGAUUGUCUACGAAAGAAUUUGCUGCAAUUUUAUAUGGAGCGAUUGUAAAGAAGAAAUUGUUAAAGAAUAAUUGUGAAUGUUCCUUGGAUUUCUUCAACUAAGAUCUUCUAAAGUUAUAAAUUGAAUAAAUAAAAAACUACCAAUAAAGCGUUAGGUGUAUUAAUACUCGUUUUAACGACUUACGACAAACAGAAAAAUUUCAUUGACAAAAAAUUUAAUUAAAAAAAGAAAAAAAGUUUGUUCAAAACACAUCAAACUCAUGUAAAAAUGUCCGAGGAAAGUAAUAGAGUGAGCUGUAAUGCUAACAUCAUCGCGUCCACCGCCGCCAACGACCAGUCUGCAGUGGCCGCCGAGACGGCGUCCGCUAAAACUGCUGCGGACAGUGCUGCUGGCGUAGAUACUAUUGCUGAUGAAGAUUUAGAAGAUGGUGAAAUCGAUGAUGACGAUGAAGAUAAUGAUGAUGUUGUUGUUACAAAUGCCACAAUAAGCAGCACAAAAAAUACGGGUGCCAAUGUGAGCGCUUCUUCGAACGCUAUCGAAAAUAAUGCAUCGCCUGCGUCCAUCACACCACACAAAUCACUAUCCGCACAUCACAACGCCGAUACGGCGACGAAAAUACCUAUAAUUGAUUUGUCCCAUGACCACACACCUUCGCCCACAGGCGUGGCAGGUGGCAUCAGCAGCAAGUCGGACGUGUCCGCCAAGUCACGCAGAUCCAAAAAGGGUCAACCACCAGCAGAUGAUUACAUGGAAGAGGUUGAGAAAUUGUUGUCAAACGUUUUGAAAAAGUCUGGUGUCAAGCCACAAAUGCCCAAAUGCUUGGAAUCACGUCAGGAGGCCAAAGAAUCCGAUUCAACGGUGCAAAUCCAUGGACAGGGCAGAAGUAGUAGGCGGCGAAAACGCAAAAGGCAGCGUGAGGAAAAAGAGAAGGAAAAGGAGCGCAAAGAUAAGGAAAAAGGUCGCUAUGCUUCACCAGAAACUUUUGAUCCGCCCAUCACAUUGGACGAUGACGAGGAUGAUUUUGAAAUGCUGAAUGUAGUCGGUGGUAGUCCGUCCAGUACACCUGUGCCUAAGUAUGCACCACCCGUUUAUCCUCCUUACGAUUCAGCCGACGAAUCGUACACUUCCUACGAUAGUUGUGAUUCUUUAGAUGACGGUGGUGAGAGGGGUGGCGGUGGCGGAGGCGGCGGUGGUGGUGAUACGAAACGUCGUCGGAGGCGCGGUAAAAAGGAUCGCAAACGUGGGCGCGAUCGACGGGCGCGUAGUCGUGAAGAUAGCUCGCGUGGCGGUGCUGCACCAGAGAAGCGUUCGCGACGCGAUUCAACCGACGAUAAGCAUCGUCAGGAACCGCGCAAAUUAGAGCUUUGUAAAUUCUACCUAAUGGAAUGUUGUGCCAAAAAAGAUAAAUGUUCCUACAUGCAUUCAGAUUUUCCAUGCAAAUACUACUAUCUCGGCCAGGAUUGUCCCAAUAAGGAAACAUGUAAAUUCAUGCAUGCAGCACCGUUGUCCGAGCAGUUGCGCAACAUACUUUUGAAGCAUUUAGAAACCGCGCCAAAAGAGAUACUCGGAAAUUUUAAGCGAAUAUCACGUGAAACGGCCAUCUUAUUGAUGACUAAACGUAAUGAGGAGCUCUGUAAAGAAUACAAAGUUGAGAAUACCUGGAGUGCGAUAGUCAAUAUACCAACGGGUAAUAAUCGUCGUGGCCAAAAUGGUAAUACGCAAAAUGAUCAUCAUCAACAUCAACAUCAAAUGCAGCAGCAGCAGCAGCAACAACAACAACAACAACAACCACACAAUAACAUACCCUCGCUAUUCGAUAUUGUUGUGAAGCCACCAGUGUCACUAAUUGGUCUCGAUAAACAUCGUAAAUCACGUUGGGCUGAUUCGCCAACACCAGAUGAUACCACAUCUCCAGUGCCAGAAAAUAAUACACAGCUACCUAGUUAUUUGGAUUUGAAAAAUCUUGAAGGCAUUAUGAAAGCGGAACACAUAGAGAAACUCACCCGUUUGGGUAUAACCAAUUUGCAGGAAGUCAAUCAGAUGACUAUCGGUCAGUUGCAGCAGGUUGGCAUUGAUUUCGUGGAAAUAAGCGAAGUGCAAAAGAAGGUGCAAAGCAGAAUGGAGAGCGGGGCGAAAAAUGAUAAUGAAGAUAAUCUUCCUACGACACGCGAUGUUGAUAUGCGUUCUAUUCCUAGUUCUACAACUACAGUGGCGACGAAAGCCACAUCGGCUGCUGGCGCUUCAACGCGAAAUAAAGUGAACGAUACUUUGGAGUUGGACAAAGACAAUUACGCUUGCUCGAAUUCGAAUAGCAAUAGUAGCAAUGGAGUGGUGCGUGUCGAUUAUUCGCAAUAUUUAAAGGACUCGAAUUUGGCAUUCGAUCGCAGUGAUGCAUUUGAUGAUGAGCGUGAUGAAGAGCAGCUAGUUAUAGAUGAUGGUAACUUGGAGCAUGAAGAGACCCCGCGUCCGUCAAUAACGAAUAAUGAAAACGAUAUUGUAAACGAUGAGCCGCCGAAAACUAGCGACUUGGCUUCCAGACUGGGUCUGCACUUGAAUCCUUUCAAUCCGUUCCGAACAAGUGCGAACGAUUUCAAAAAGAACGAUGAGAAGAAGUCAUCAAUUACAAAUAACAACGAUAAUUAUCAGCGCAAUGAACGUUUGUAUGCACCACCACGUACAAGAGGUCGCUCCCGUUCACGUUCUCGCUCCCGUUCGCGCUCACGUUCCCGCUCACACACACCAACCCGCUCGCAAUCCACUACACCGGAAGCUUCAGAUUCCGCUGACAACGAUGAUGCGCCCGCCAUCGUUAAACAACCUAUUUAUGAGCGCAAAACAAUGUAUGAUUUCAAUGUUGCUCAAGUUGAAGAGGAUGAGCGUCAGCAGUCGGCGAGGAGCGCUAAAUCCGAUAAGGAUAUGCGUUGUGUCGGCAGUAGUGGCAACCUGUUGCCCUUCCAAGCCGUUACGAAUUACACACCCGCCACUGAAAUCGAUGCCUCGUAUACAUCUCACCUGCCAAUGACAUAUAAGGUGCGCGAAUUCUCAAUGCCACCGGCAAACUAUGCUGAAUUGCGUCGCAGCCUGCGUGCCACCACGCAAACAGCCGAUCCCCGUGUACGACGCAUACUCGGCUUGCCAGAGACACGUGCCACCACUGUUGCUUUAAAGCGUGCGGGUCGCAAACUGAGCAACACCAUCGCUUCACCAGAGGCUGAAGAAUCUCCCAAAUACUAUACACCACCCAGUAGCACCACCGCCAGUGUAGCAACAAGUGAACGCCGUCCGAGUGUUAGCAAACCAACGGCGCCGAGCGCAACAUCCCGGUCGGAUCCACGUUUGGACCCUAGAUGCGCCGCAGCCUCAGCGGCAACGGCUGCCGCAGCGAAAGCGAAUGAAGCUGAGAAAAGUAGUGGCGGUGCUGCGGGUAGUGGCGGCAACGCUGCUGCCGAUAGCGUCAUCACGAAAAUUGCCGGCCUGGGUAAGACAAUGCGUGACAAAAUGCAAAAUGCCGCAUGGUAUCGUGACUUGAGUUCAAAUAUGAAAAUACAAUAUAAUCAAGAGUUGGCGCGACUUAUCACCGAGCUCCGACGCUUCCACCAGGAUAAUUCGCCUGAUAAGAAUUUCAAUUUCAUCAAUUGUAAUAAGAAAAUAAUCGAUCACAUACUCAUCAGUCUUGGCAUUUUCAUUGAUGAAAAUGGUGAAGUGAAUAAAAUCGAGUCUGAUAAAACGGAAGAAUGCGACAUGAAUGCGAAGGCCGAAGCGCGCGGCGAUUUUAUGCAACAAUUAGACUUCCCCAAUCCACAAUUCGACAUACCCAAUUCCGGAUUUAACUUCGUGAACCCGCCAUUUGAUUUCCGAUUUCCGCCACCACUUUUCGGCGGUGGUCUGGCGAAUUUACGUGCGCCUAUCGCAGCUGCGGCGUCGGCAAUGCCGCCACGGCUAGAUGGACCCAGUUUGCUCGGCAUGCCACCAAUUGGCAACUUCAAUCCCUUCAAUGUGGGUGCGGGCGUAGGCAACUUUCAAGGUGCUGGACGAGGUCUGCUUGAUGCAGGGCCGGGAAUGGGUUUCAAUGGAUUCUUAAAUUUCCCACAACAGCACAUGGGUGGUGGUGGCGGUGGUGGACCACGUAAUUUCAAUAUGGAUGGCGGGCAUAAUAGACGAAAUCCAAACAAUCGUAGGCACUUUAUUUAACAGCUGCGCGUGAAGUAAAUUAGUAAAAAAGUCAGACAAAAAAUAAAAAAAAAAAUUAUAAAAACAAGAAAAUGGAAAAAAAAAAACGUAUCUAUAUAAUAGAAGACUUAAAUAGUAAAAUAAAUGAUUAAAUACUAGUGUCCAUACGAAUAUAUGUCGAUUUUAACGAUAAGUACGAAAGGACUCGUUAUUGAAUAGGUGCGUAGAGUUGUGAGUGACGCGUGACCAUUCUACAGCACACCGUAUACAGUGGGGUGAAGUGUUGACAAAAUUAUACUUAAGCAUUUUCCUAGCGCAAACUAUUUUUUAAUUUAAUUUGAAUGCCAAUGGAAUUUUUAAAUGAAAUAUAUUUUAAUAACAUAACCUACAAAAUAGUACAUAAACUACUUUUUCAUUCAUAUUUUUUUGUAAAAAAUAAAUUCGUGUGCUACAUAUAUACAUAUACAAUAUGUGUACAUUUGUUUAUUUUGCUGGGAGCAGCGCUCGACUAACACAACAUCGACUUAUAAAACAGUCGCUAUCGAAUAUUUGCAUACAAACGAAAAAAAUAAUAAUUCGAAGAAAAAAUUAAAAGCAAAAAAAAAAAAAUAUUUGCAACACAAAAAUUAAAAGCAAGUUGCGGAAAAUUGGAAUAGUGAAUAAUAUCGAAGCAAAACACUGCUAAAAUGUCCGUGCCCUGACUUCCGGCUCAUUCCCCAAACUGGGUGCUUUUAAGAAAAUUCACAAAAAUACUUUACUUAAAUUACAAAUUUUGUAACGGAUUAGGUGUGCAAAUUACCAACCGUGACCCUAUUUGGUCUAAUUAUUAUAUAAGUCGGCACAUUUCUGCAUUUUGUAUCGAAAAAUAUUUUUUUUUUUAACUGAAAAAGAUUUUAUACACUCCUUUCUCCACACUCACACUACUGUCGUAGUUAAUUUUUUUUUUUUUGUUUUUUUUUUUGUAAAUUUAUUUGUAAGACAAAUUAAAUAUUCUACAAAAAUAAUUUUAAUUUUCUACAACGACAUGUAAAAUGCUCCUUAUUUUGAUGCUUGUCAAGUGCUUCUUGAACUUCUUGAACUCGAAAAAUAAAUAUAAAAAAGUCAAAGUCAAAAUAAUAAAUAAUAAUAAUAAAAUUAAAUGGUGAGAAAAUAAGACAAAAAUUGCUUAAAAAAUGAGGGUAGUAACACAAAGACAAAGGAAAUAAUAUGAAAUUUUUAAAUUAACUGAAAAACAAAGAAAUAAUAAGUCGAUAAUUAAAUAAAAUAAGCUAAAUUAUGUGAGGAAAAAAUAAUUGAUUUGAUUAACAACUAAACUAUAUAAUAAAAGACUAAAUUUUAAUUGACUUAAAACAGUUUCAGUAUUAACUAUUUUUUUGUAUUUAAUAUUGCUUUUUAAUUUUUUCUUUAAAUUUUUUUUUUUUAUUUUUUUUAAAUUUAAAACAGGAAAAUUGUUUAAUGAACUGACUGAUCUAUGACUCGAAAUAAAAAUGUUUGGAAAACUCUGGUUGAAUCCUUAAGCUCUGAAAGGAGUAUAGAAUAAAUAGUAAAAUAAAAGUAAAGGCCCAAAUUUUUAACAAAAUUCUCAAAAAUUUAACAAAUUUCAAAAAAUUUUCAUCAAAUUUUUCAACUUUUUAAUCAACAUUUUUAGAAAACAUUUAAUUGGCGUAUUGGCCCAUUUUUGGGUGUUUGGCCGAGCUCCUCCUUAUAUGUAUUUGUGGUGUGCGUCUUGAUGUUGUUCCACAAAUGGAGGGACCUACAGUUUCAAGCCGACUCCGAUCCGCAGAUAUUUAUAAGAAGCUUUUUUUUUAUGGCCGAAAUACACUCGGAGGUUUGUCAUUGCCUGCCGAGGGGCAAACGCUAUUAGAAAAAACUUUUUCUUAAUUUUGGUGUUCCACCGAGAUUCGUUCAAUUUUUUAGUCCAUUCAAUAUACAUAUGUACAUAAGUACAACAAAGUGCAAAUUUCACGAGGCUCAAAAUUCUAGUUAAUUUUUGACAAUUCCCUUUCGUCGAGGUGUUAUUCAUUACUUCUGACGUCCGCAGCUGCUUUGUAUGAAGGAAACUUUCCAAUAUCAUAUAAAUAUAUAAUUGGACGGGUUUCUGUCCCAUAUUUGUGGUGUGCGCAUUGGUGUUCUUCCAAAAAUGGAGAGACCUACAAUUUUAUGCAGCCUUUAAGCGGCAGAUAGUUUUUUAUGCGAAGAUUUUUCAUGCCAGAAAUACGAAAGGAGGUUUGCCAUGGCCUACCGAGGGGCAACAACAGCAUUUGCAAACAAUAUUUUCUAUCAUUUGGUGUUUCAUGCCCACAGUGGGUCUCGAAUGCGUGCCCAUGCGAAUGCCAUUCUUCUAGGGCAGAUAAUUUUAAAUAAAAAAAUUAGCUAAGUGCAGUAGUAAUUUUUAAUAGUAAUAUAAAAUAAAUUAAAACUUGAUGGAAAAAUAAAUGGUAAUUAAAGGAACAAAAAUAAUAUAUAGUAGGUAAACUGAGAGUACAUAAAUUAAAAACAUAACGUAAAAAAAAUUUAAAAAUGAUAAAAAUAAUUAAUAUAGCAUUUAAAGAAUUACAAAAAUUAAAAGGCGCGAUUUAAAUAAAAAAAAAAAACUGAAAGCUCGAGUGAAAUCAUAAAGCUUAUUCAAAGCGCUAAAUAUAAGAAAUGCAUUAUAAAAAAUAAUAGAAAAUAAAUAAUAAGCCAACAAAUAAAACACUAAAACUAAAGCAAAUCUUAAACAUUACAAGGACAAUUUUAAAAAAUUUAAGCAUAAAGUGGCGCGAAAUUAAUCAUCCAAUUUGAAUAACUUUACUAAAUAAAUAAAAAUAUUUUAGGUGAUGGGAAUUUUUGUUUUGACCCUUAAGCGUUCAAGGUCACAAGUGUCGAAUAUGAUGGCGUACUAAAAAAAAUUAAACGAAAUGAAAAAAAAAAUAUUUGAAACUAUAAAAGAAGUAUUUAAAACUAUUUAUUCUAUAUUUUAAUUACAAUUAAGUUGAACUCAAAAUAAAACAACCUAUGAAAGAAUUAAUUAUUUUGAAAAUUAUUUUAAAAAGUAUAAUUUAAUUAACCUCACAAUAAGCAUAAAAAUAAUUAUCUCAAAAAAAAAAAAAAAUAUUGAAAUCGUAAAAGCAAUGUUGGACACUUUUUGGUUUCGCUGAUUCUUGAAAUUUGAACCUAAAAUAAAAAUCGUUUAAAAAGAUUGUGUUGAACGCACAGUUUUAAUUAAUUUACAUACUUUAAUAAAAACCACAAGGCACCGAAGGAACAUCUAAACUAUAAAGUUUUAAGGAAAAUUUGUUUAAUAAUUAUUUUUAAUUAACUUAAUGAGUAUAACUUAAUUAAUCCCAAAAUAAUAAAGAAAUAUUUAGAAUUUUCUUUUUUUCAAAUAUGUAAUGUAAAUAAUUUGGACUUUUAAUAUGGCCGUUUUUGACUUAAGCGUGAAUACUUAAACUUAAACUUAAAAUAAAAAUUGAGUAGACAUUUUGUGUUGAAAGAAAUUUUUUCUAUAAUUAUUAUUAAUUGAUUUAAUAAAUAUAAUUUAAUUGAAUCCACAAUAAAAAAUAAAUCAUAUUUUGUAAGUUGUUUUUUCGAAUAAUGUAAAUAGUUUUGGAUUUUAAUAUGACCUUUUUUGACUUUAAUAUGACCUUUCGGCGGCCGCCGUGGCCGAAUGGGUUGGUGCGUGAUUACCAUUCGGAAUUCACAGAGAGAACGUUGGUUCGAAUCUCGGUGAAACACCAAAAUUAAGAAUUACAUUUUUCCAAUAGCGGUCGCCCCUCGGCAGGCAAUGGCAAACCUCCGAGUGUAUUUCUGCCAUGAAAAAGCUCCUCAUAAAAAUAUCUGCCGUUGUAGGUCCCUCCAUUUGUGGAACAACAUCAAGACGCACACCACAAAUACAUAUAAAGAGGAGCUCGGCCAAAUACCCAAGAAGGGUGUACGCGCCAAUUAUAUAUAUAUUUUUUUUACUUUUAAGCGAACUUUUAAACUUGAACUUAAAAUUAAAAUCGAUUACAAAGUUUGUGUUGAAAGAAAAUGAUCUUUAUAAUUAUUUUUAAUUAAUUUACAUACUUAAAAAAAUAAAAACCACAAUAAAAAAUAAAAAUAAUUACUCACAAAACAAAAUUAAAAAAACUUGCGAACAUUUUUGGACCGUUUUGUAUUCCGAAGGAACUCUUAAACUAUAA